GGAAAGGGCGGGGAGGCCGGGGUGUGGAAAGUGUGGCGGCCCCGCCCCGUCUCUUGGAACUGCCGGGGCAGCCACCGCUGCCGCCGCCGCCACCGCUGCCGCUGCCGCAGCUGUAGGGGAUCGGCGCCGGUGCGCAGGCGAAAGGAGCUCUUUCCCUGCUGAAAGUUCCCUGGGAAAAGCUAGCAUCUCUCCAGCCCACCAUGGCGGAUGAAAUUGAUUUCACUACUGGAGAUGCUGGGGCUUCCAGCACUUACCCAAUGCAGUGCUCGGCCCUGCGCAAAAACGGCUUCGUGGUUCUCAAAGGACGACCAUGCAAAAUAGUGGAGAUGUCAACUUCCAAGACUGGAAAGCACGGUCAUGCCAAGGUUCACCUUGUUGGAAUUGAUAUUUUCACGGGAAAAAAAUAUGAAGAUAUUUGUCCCUCUACUCACAACAUGGAUGUUCCAAAUAUUAAGAGAAAUGAUUAUCAACUGAUAUGUAUUCAGGAUGGUUACUUAUCCCUGCUGACAGAGACCGGUGAAGUUCGUGAGGAUCUUAAGCUGCCAGAAGGUGAACUAGGUGUCUGUUAUGUGUGCAAUGAGUGAAGAGUACGCUGUAGCCAUAAAGCCCUGCAAGUAAACGGGAACAUCAGGCAUGAACAAAAUGUUAGGUCUGGAUCAACCACAGAUCUACAGUUUGGGUCUAAGUUGUCACCAAAGCUAUGGCCUUCAUAAGCAACCUCAUUUUUUUACAUUGUUUUGAAAUUGUGCUCAUUAGUUUUGCAGGCAAUUGGUAAUUUAAAAUCAUCGAGAUGUGUAUUUUUUUUUAAUUUUGUAGAUGUCGUUCCUGUAACUUUCCUGUGGUUUUCAGUGAGUACAAGAAAUAGAUAAGCUGGCUUCAGCAGAUGUGAUUUGUCUCAGCAAAUCAUUCCUGAAUUUUAGUUGAUAGAUAAACCAGGGUUUUAAAUCAGACAAUGUAGCAUCUAGUGGUAUCGAAGUACCACAUUUAUGUUGAAUUGCUCUGCAGUAAUUUUAGACCUAAUAUAGAAUAAGUUGAUCAUGGAUUGGAAUUGUCAGAGCUUCAGUCUGUGUGUGGCAAGCACAAAUCCUUAAACAAAAAUCGUGUUAUCAAAAAGUGUCAGUUUUCUUAGUAGGCAUGUGCAACCACCUGUAUUACCUCAGUCAGACUUUUCUUUGCCAAAUUGUUGGAAGUGAUGUGACCUUCUACGUAGUGAUUUUGCUGCCCGCUCAUAGUUGACAGGCAUUGUAACUAUGCCAGUUGACGAUUACUAGCAAGUCAGAUUGUAAAGCAGGAGUGUACAGGGGGCAGUGGCACAGGAGACUGGUUAGAGCUAUCGGUUUCUACUUGGGGCCUGUGUAGUUGGCAUAAAAAUAGAAAGUCUCUUUCUAGUUAUGUUUUUGCUUUUUCCUUUUGUUCUCUCUGUAUUUGAAGGAGUGACCUGCUUUAUUAUAGGAUACUAUGCAGUGCUUUUUAUCAAUAUGUUGAAUAAAUUGUUGGUAUUUAUAGUAGUCCCUCCAUUCCAACCAUUUUUAAGUAUAUUUUUUGACAUUAAAAUAUUUAGUUGUCCAGCAAACCUGGAAAUCCCUUAAAUCGAUUUGGAAUAUUUAUUAAAUUUAUGUACGCUUUUUCUAAAGUGAAGUGAAAGUGCAUUGUAGAACAAGAGUUACUUUCUGUGAUAACUAUUAUUUUUCUUAUUUUAAGAAGUACGUACUUUUUUUCUGAUUGUUAUGUACUUAAUUCAGUUACUGGUGUGAAGCAUAAGUAGGAAAGAAUUCUACAAACUGAAUAAUUUAAAAAAGUGUUUUAGGUGACUCAGCUACAUUUCUCUUUGUAUAUCUUAUUUCCAGGAUUCUAGACACUGUCACAGGGUUUGCAAGGACCUUUGGCUUAAUAACAAUCAUUAUAUUGAAAUUAAACUUAGAACAAAAUCACUACUUCAGUAAUCAUUCCCUAAGACUGAUUAUGAGACCUUUCUCAUCAUACCUCGACCUCUGAAAGGCCUUUGGUCCUAUCUACUAGAGGAAAACAUACAUGAUGUUGUACCUUAUCUAAUCAGUAACUGAAAAUAGUAUUAGGAACAGGAGAUCCCAAAGGUUUAGUUACUUAAUUUGUGCACAUUUUUAAAUCUUGUAUUGGCCUCAGCAAACCCAUUUGGAGAAGAAACCAAGAUACUUUAAGGGAAAUGCAAGGAGAAUUCUAAAGCACAAGAAAUAUAGAGGUUAUAGUUAACCAUUUUAGUGUAACAUCUUAGCUUUUGCCCAUCUGAAGCACAAUUAGGCAUUAGGCUAAAUUCUUUCCAGUAUUCCAUUUAAGUACCUACUACAUACUUCUCUAGUUUUUUAGCAGUCUGCUCUGUGUGUUUUACUUGGUACUGGUUGGCAUUGUUAUCCACAGGAAUUCCAGAAAGUUCUCAAUCUGUGCUGCUUACUGGUCACUCAUAGGGCCCCAGUUAUCCAUACUAUUGUUCUGAUUUACUAUUAAUUCUGGAUUAGCAUGCCCUUGUUGUUCCUAACUUGUCAAACUUCACAUAAAUACAUUUCAGUUGUGAGGUAAGCAUAUGUAAAUUAUAACGCAUCUCUAUCUUCAUACCUUGAAUGACAAAAGCUAUUUAUGCAUAAAUAUUUUAAGUACUAUAAUGAAGUGUAAAUACUCUUCUGAUAUAUAACUUAAGUAUAGAUUUUAAAGAUAUGGGACUGUUUAUUUUCACAUAAGUCAGUACAUGUUUCUCUAGAACAAAAUACUUCAUUUAGUAAAGCUUUAUAAAUUGUAUUAAAAGGAAGCAGGUAAACAUAUUUUUUAACAUAGAACAGCAGUGACUUCAUUCUUUUUGACAUCAGAAAUAUUAAAAGUUGAUUCCUAGUAUUUGUUGUACUUUUUUGUAGCAAAUGUUAAAUAUCACAGGUUACCAUGUAUAGAGUGUAGACUGUCAGUGUUGAUAGAUUAUACAGUGAUACACCAUUUUUGUCAGCAGACAUUUCACCAAUUUAUAUACAAUAUUAACAAGUGGAAUAUCUGCUUCUUUCUAGAGCACCAUAUUUUAUUUCUACUGUGAAGACUUUGUUACACCUUAUUUGCUACUACAAAGUUGAAUACCCUCUAAAAUAGAUCAAAUCAUUGCUACUUUGACUUAGUAUUUGCAUCAUAAACAUAAUUCUGAUGUUUCAUUUUCCCCUCCAAGGGCUGUCUGUCACUUGAAAUUGUUGCUAACCAAGCUCUUGAAUCCGUUACCAUUUAUGGUACAAAAUUCUGUACCAAUGCUUUAUAACAAUUACCAAAACUCUCCUGCAGCGGAGCAUGGUAUCUUUAGCAGGAGAUGCUACAAUAAAAUGUUAAGGCUAUAAAAUUUGGGGACACAAUUUUUCAUUAUAGCACAAUGUGGAGUGCGUGCAUAUGCACACACAGCUUUGGAUGUUUGUUCUUUUUACAAAGUCCUUUCAACUCUUAAAAGUACUGUAGUCUGGUAGUGCCUCAAAUGUAACUUUUUUUUUUAAUUUACAACCUUUCCAGAAUUUGUUUUUGUAACUUUAAAGUUCUCAAUUAGAUUAUUUCUAGUUGAGCUGUAAUUUGAAUGCAUUGUUCUCAGGACUGUUUGUGCUAAGAGCUGAAGUUGCAUUAUUUUAAAGCUGCCUGAAAGUAUAUUGCCAAAUUUUCCCAAAUUGCAAUACAAUGAUAACAUGCAAAUAAAAAAAUCCUUAACAUCAACAUACUUAACUUAUAUGCUAAGUAUUAAAGAAAAAAAUGGGAACAUUGGUAACAACUAUACUGGAAUCUUGCCAUAUAUUUUUCAUUGUAGAAUAGAAUUUGGUAGUCUUAUCUUAGAACCCAAAUCUUAAUGAUAUAUCUGAAAGCAUUCCUUUGGCAUGGACCCCAAAGAUAGUUUUAAGAGCCAGACAAAGAUGUAGUGGUUCUCAAACAUAUAUAGGAACAACAGAUCAAAAAUUCAUAAUGCUCUUUUGGGUACAUGAAAAUGUUUACAUACUGAAUUCUAUAAUAUGAACCAGAAACAAAUUUACUAUGAGAAAAUGUGGCUCUUAAGCAGUAUAAGAGCAAACUCUAAGCAUAUUUCCAUAAACCAUUAUGUUAUAUUGAACUGAUCAACAGUUUAAAAUUUUCUAACUUUACGUAGGCAUAAUAUUUUAUAGUUUUUAAGCCUUUUUUUCUCCUGGCAUUCAGACAAGUAAUGGACAACAAAAGCUUAUGGAAAAUUUACUGUGGAAAACCUUAAAAUUGAGAAAAUUCAAUCUAUUAACUUUAAUCUAUUAAAUCUUUUUUCUCUGAACUGGA